AUGGCAGCUGGCACCAGGAGGGUGUAUGGCAGCCAAACAAGAUGUGAACAGCUGCCCCCAGAGGUCACCCCGGUGCCGGGUGUACUAGAACACCUGCCCCCAGAGGUCACCCCCGUGCCGGGUGUACUAGAACACCUGCCCCCAGAAGUCACCCCCGUGCCGGGUGUACUAGAACACCUGCCCCCAGAGGUCACCCCCGUGCCUGGUGUACUAGAACAUCUGACCCCAGAGGUAACCCCGGUGCCGGGUGUACUAGAACACCUGCCCCCAGAGGUCACCCCCGUGCCUGGUGUACUAGAACACCUGCCCCCAGAGGUCACCCCCGUGCCGGGUGUACUAGAACACCUGCCCCCAGAGGUCACCCCCGUGCCGGGUGUACUAGAACACCUGCCCCCAGAGGUCACCCCCGUGCCGGGUGAACUAGAACAUCUGCCCCCAGAGGUCACCCCCGUGCCGGGUGUACUAGAACACCUGCCCCCAGAGGUCACCCCCGUGCCGGGUGUACUAGAACACCUGCCCCCAGAGGUCACCCCCGUGCCGGGUGUACUAGAACACCUGCCCCCAGAGGUCACCCCCGUGCCGGGUGUACUAGAACACCUGCCCCCAGAGGUCACCCCCGCUACCAUGGCCCCACUCGAAUCAGAAGCAGCACCUGUCAGAGAAUCAAAAGCAGCACCUGUAACAGAAUCAGAAGCAGCACCUGUCACAGAAUCAGAAGCAGCACCUGCCAUAGAAUCGGAAGAAACACCUGUAACAGAGUCAGAAACAGCACCUGUAACAGAAUCAGAAGCAGCACCUGUCAGAGAAUCAAAAGCAGCACCUGUAACAGAAUCAGAAGCAGCACCUGUCACAGAAUCAGAAGCAGCACCUGCCAUAGAAUCGGAAGAAACACCUGUAACAGAGUCAGAAACAGCACCUUCCACAGAAUUGGAAGCAGCACCUGCUACAGAGUCAGAAGCAGCACCUGUCACGGAAUCAGAAGCAGCACCUGUCACAGAAUCAGAAAGAGAAUCAGAAGCAGCACCUGUCAGAGAAUCAGAAGCAGCACCUGUCAGAGAAUCAGAAGCAGCACCUGCCAUAGAAUCGGAAGAAGCACCUGUGACAGAAUCGAAAGCAGCACCUGCCACAGAAUCUGAUGCAGCACCUGUCACAGAAUCUGAUGCAGCACCUGCCAAAGAAUCGGAUGCAGCAUUUGUCACAGAAUCAGAAUCAGCACCUGUCAGAGAAUCAGAAGCAGCACCUGCCACAGAAUCAGAAGCAGCACCUGUCAGAGAAUCAAAAGCAGCACCUGUAACAGAAUCAGAAGCAGCACCUGUCACAGAAUCAGAAGUAGCACCUGCCAUAGAAUCGGAAGAAACACCUGUAACAGAGUCAGAAACAGCACCUGUAACAGAAUCAGAAGCAGCACCUGUCAGACAUUCGGAAGCAGCACCUUCCACAGAAUUGGAAGCAGCACCUGCUACAGAGUCAGAAGCAGCACCUGUCACAGAAUCAGAAGCAGCACCUGCCACAGAAUCAGAAUCAGCACCUGUCAGAGAAUCAGAAGCAGCACCUGCCAUAGAAUCGGAAGAAACACCUGUAACAGAGUCAGAAACAGCACCUUCCACAGAAUUGGAAGCAGCACCUGCUACAGAGUCAGAAGCAGCACCUGUCACGGAAUCAGAAGCAGCACCUGUCACAGAAUCAGAAGCAGCACCUGCCACAGAAUCAGAAGCAGCACCUGUCACAGAAUCAGAAGUAGCACCUGCCAUAGAAUCGGAAGAAACACCUGUAACAGAGUCAGAAACAGCACCUGUAACAGAAUCAGAAGCAGCACCUGUCAGACAUUCGGAAGCAGCACCUUCCACAGAAUUGGAAGCAGCACCUGCUACAGAGUCAGAAGCAGCACCUGUCACAGAAUCAGAAGCAGCACCUGCCACAGAAUCAGAAUCAGCACCUGUCAGAGAAUCAGAAGCAGCACCUGCCAUAGAAUCGGAAGAAACACCUGUAACAGAGUCAGAAACAGCACCUUCCACAGAAUUGGAAGCAGCACCUGCUACAGAGUCAGAAGCAGCACCUGUCACAGAAUCAGAAGCAGCACCUGCCAUAGAAUCAGAAGCAACACCUGCCAUAGAAUCAGAAGCAGCACCUGUCACAGAAUCUGAUGCAGCACCUGUCGCAGAAUCUGAUGCAGCACCUGUCACAGAAUCUGAUGCAGCACCUGCCACAGAAUCAGAAGCAGCACCUGUCAGAGAAUUAGAAGCAGCACCUGUCACAGAAUCUGAUGCAGCACCUGUCACAAAAUCUGAUGCAGCACCUGCUACAGAAUCAGAAGCAGCACCUGCCACAGAAUCAGAAGCAGCACCUGCCACAGAAUCGGAAGCAGCACCUGUCACAGAAUCUGAUGCAGCACCUGUCACAGAAUCUGAUGCAGCACCUGCCACAGAAUCAGAAGCAGCACCUGUCAGAGAAUUAGAAGCAGCACCUGUCACAGAAUCAGAAGCAGCACCUGUCACAGAAUCAGAAGCAGCACCUGUCAGCGAAUCAGAAGCAGCACCUGUCAGAGAAUCAGAAGCAGCACCUGCCACAGAAUCAGAAGCAGCACUUGUCACAGAAUCUGAGGCAGCACCUGAGAAAGAAUCAGAAGCAGCACUUGUCACAGAAUCUGAUGCAGCACCUGUCACAGAAUUAGAGGCAGCACCUGUCAGAGAAUCAGAAGCAGCACCUGUCACAGAAUCAGAAGCAGCACCUGUCACAGAAUCAGAAGCAGCACCUGUCAGCGAAUCAGAAGCAGCACCUGUCAGAGAAUCAGAAGCAGCACCUGCCACAGAAUCAGAAGCAGCACUUGUCACAGAAUCUGAUGCAGCACCUGUCACUGAGUCUGAUGCAGCACCUGCUACAGAAUCAGAAGCAGCACCUGUCACAGAAUCAGAAGCAGCACCUGCCACAGAAACAGAAGCAGCACUUGUCACAGAAUCUGAUGCAGCACCUGCCACAGAAUUAGAAGCAGCACCUGUCAGAGAAUCAGAAGCAGCACCUGCCACAGAAUUAGAAGCAGCACCUGUCAGAGAAUCCGAAGCAGCACCUGUCAGAGAAUCAGAAGCAGCACCUGUCAGAGAAUCAGAAGCAACUCCUGCAACAGAAUCGGAAGCAGCACCUGUAACAGAAUUCGAAGCAGCACUUGUAACAGAAUCAGAAGCAGCACCUUCCACAGAAUCGGAAGCAGCACAUGAAAUAGAAUCAGAAGCAGCACCUGUCAGAGAAUCAGAAGCAACUCCUGCCACAGAAUCGGAAGCAGCACCUGUAACAGAAUUCGAAGCAGCACCUGCAACAGAAUCAGAAGCAGAACCUUCCACAGAAUCAGAAGCAGCACCUGUCACAGAAUCGGAAGCAACACCUGCCACAGAAUCAAUAACAGCACCUGUCAGAGAAUCAGAAGCAGCACCUGCUUCAGAAUUAGAAGCAGCACCUGUCACAGAAUCAGAAGCAGCACCUGCCACAGAAUCAGAAGCAGCACCUGCCACAGAAUCGGAAGCAGCACCUGUCACAGAAUCUGAUGCAGCACCUGUCACAGAAUCUGAUGCAGCACCUGCCACAGAAUCAGAAGCAGCACCUGUCAGAGAAUUAGAAGCAGCACCUGUCACAGAAUCAGAAGCAGCACCUGUCACAGAAUCAGAAGCAGCACCUGUCAGCGAAUCAGAAGCAGCACCUGUCAGAGAAUCAGAAGCAGCACCUGCCACAGAAUCAGAAGCAGCACUUGUCACAGAAUCUGAGGCAGCACCUGAGAAAGAAUCAGAAGCAGCACUUGUCACAGAAUCUGAUGCAGCACCUCUCACAGAAUUAGAAGCAGCACCUGUCAGAGAAUCAGAAGCAGCACCUGUCACAGAAUCAGAAGCAGCACCUGUCACAGAAUCAGAAGCAGCACCUGUCCGCGAAUCAGAAGCAGCACCUGUCAGAGAAUCAGAAGCAGCACCUGCCACAGAAUUAGAAGCAGCACUUGUCACAGAAUCUGAUGCAGCACCUGUCACUGAGUCUGAUGCAGCACCUGCUAUAGAAUCAGAAGCAGCACCUGUCAGAGAAUCAGAAGCAGCACCUGCCACAGAAACAGAAGCAGCACUUGUCACAGAAUCUGAUGCAGCACCUGCCACAGAAUUAGAAGCAGCACCUGUCAGAGAAUCAGAAGCAGCACCUGUCAGAGAAUCAGAAGCAGCACCUGUCAGAGAAUCAGAAGCAACUCCUGCAACAGAAUCGGAAGCAGCACCUGUAACAGAAUUCGAAGCAGCACUUGUAACAGAAUCAGAAGCAGCACCUUCCACAGAAUCGGAAGCAGCACAUGAAAUAGAAUCAGAAGCAGCACCUGUCAGAGAAUCAGAAGCAACUCCUGCCACAGAAUCGGAAGCAGCACCUGUAACAGAAUUCGAAGCAGCACCUGCAACAGAAUCAGAAGCAGAACCUUCCACAGAAUCAGAAGCAGCACCUGUCACAGAAUCGGAAGCAACACCUGCCACAGAAUCAGAAGCAGCACCUGCUUCAGAAUUAGAAGCAGCACCUGUCACAGAAUCAGAAGCAGCACCUGCCACAGAAUCAGAAGCAGCACCUGUCAAAGAAUCAGAAGCAGCACCUGUCAGAGAAUCAGAAGCAACACCUGCCACAGAAUCGGAAGCAGCACCUUCCACUGAAUCGGAAGCAGCACCUGCUACAGUAUCAGAAGCAGCACUUGUAACAGAAACAGAAGCAGCACCUGUCAGAGAAUCUGAAGCAGCACCUGUCACAGAAUCAGAAGCAGCACCUGCCACAGAAUCGGAAGAAGCACCUGCCAUAGAAUCAGAAGCAGCACCUGCCAUAAAAUCAGAAGCAGCACCUGCCACAGAAUCAGAAGCAGUACCUGUCAGAGAAUCAGAAGCAGCACCUGUCACAGAAUCAGAAGCAGCACCUGCCACAGAAUCAGAAGCAUCACCUGCCAUAGAAUCAGAAGCAUCAACUGCCAUAGAAUCAGAAGCAGCACCGGCCAUAGAAUCAGAAGCAGCACCUGCCAUAGAAUCAGAAACAGCACCUGCUAUAGAAUCAGAAGCAGCACCAGUCAGAGAAUCAGAAGCAGCACCUGCCAUAGAAUCAGAAGCAGCACCUGCCAUAGAAUCAGAAGCAGCACCGGCCAUAGAAUCAGAAGCAGCACCAGUCAGAGAAUCAGGAGCAGCACCUGCCACAGAAUCAGAAGCAGCACCUGUCAGAGAAUCAGAAGCAGCACCGGCCAUAGAAUCAGAAACAGCACCUGCCAUAGAAUCAGAAGCAGCACCUGUCACAGAAUCUGAUGCAGCACCUGCCACAGAAUCAGAAGCAGCACCUGUCAGAGAAUUAGAAGCAGCACCUGUCACAGAAUCUGAUGCAGCACCUGUCACAGAAUCCGAUGCAGCACCUGCUACAGAAUCAGAAGCAGCACAAUCAGAAGCAGCACCUGCCAUAGAAUCGGAAGCAGCACCUGCCAUAGAAUUAGAAGCAGCACCUACCACAAAAUCAGAAGCACCAUCUGACACAGAAGUGGAAGCAGCACCUGUCACAGAAUCGGAAGCAGCACCUGCUACAGAAUCGGAAGCAGCACCUUUCACAGAAUCAGAAGCAGCACCUGCUACAGUAUCAGAAGCAUCACCUUCCACAGAAUCGGAAGCAGCACCUGUAACAGAAUCAGAAGCAGCUCCUUCCACAGAAUCGAAAGCAGCACUUGCAACAGAAUCGGAAGCAGCACCUGUAACAGAAUCGGUAGCAGCACCUGCAACAGAAUCAGAAGCAGCACCUUCCACAGAAUCGAAUGCAGCACUUGCAACAGAAUCGGAAGCAGCACCUGUAACAGAAUCGGAAGCAGCACCUGCUACAGAAUCAGAAGCAGCACCUGUAACAGAAUCGGUAGCAGCACCUGUCAGACAUUCGGAAGCAGCACCUUCCACAGAUUCGGAAGCAGCAUCUGUUAAAGAAUCGGAAGCAGCACCUCCCACUGAAUCAGAAGCAGCACCUCCCACUGAAUCAGAAGCAGCACCUGUCACAGAAUCGGAAGCAACACCUGCCACAGUAUCAAUAGCAGCACCUGUCAGAGAAUCAGAAGCAGCACCUGCUUCAGAAUUAGAAGCAGCACCUGCUUCAGAAUUAGAAGCAGCACCUGUCACAGAAUCGGAAGCAGCACCUGCCAUAGAAUCAGAAGCAGCACCUGCCACAGAAUCAGAAGCAACACCUGCCACAGAAUCAAUAGCAGCACCUGCUUCAGAAUUAGAAGCAGCACCUGCCACAGAAUCAGAAGCAGCACCUAAUCAGAAGCAGCACCUGCCACAGAAUCAGAAGCAUCACCUGCCAUAG